AGAGAGAGAGAGAGAGAGAGAGAGAGAGAGAGAGAGAGAGAGAGCCGCCUGUGGGGUACAGAAGCGUUGUUCUCACCACUAAAGCUACCAACUGAGACUUAACUGAAGAGAGGAGAGGAACCAUAUUCUGACUGAGAAAACCAGCUCACCUCACCUGCCACUGGAGAAGAAGAACGGAAUGCUAUCGCUUUCUGGAGGAGUAACCUAACCAGCAGCACUAAAGGGAUAUAGCCUAGUCACCGAAAACGGGAAUAUUUUAUUUUCUUUCUCCGUGGUGGAUAUUAUGUAGAGCAGAGAAGCGGAGAGCAGCAGUCUUGGGUUUAUUUUAUUUAUUUUUUCUGUGGAUUGUGUGUCUCUGUGUGUGCGUCGUCGGGGGAAUAGGAGAGCAGUGUGCAUACUGAUCUGGUUUUGGGGGGGAAUAAAGGAAUACCGGGAUAUAUCGGGACGGGAGCGCACGGCCAGAACAGCAAAGCUUCAGCGGGUUCAGAUGCAUGUGUAGGAGGCCCCAGCCAUGACAAUAACGUGUGAAGGUGGGCCCAGGGCCAGCGGUCUAUGUGUGUGUUCAGGCCUGUGGAGGCGACGGUCUCUCCUCCUGCUCUACGUGGUCUUGGAGCUGGUUGUGGUCCACUCCGCCGCGGUCCUGGGAGCUCUGGAGCUCCAGCUAGAUGAGGAGCAGCCAGCAGGGACCAUCGUAGGGGACAUCAGUGCUGGGCUACCGCCCGGCGUCACCGCCUCGCUGUACUUCAUCUCCGACCACGAGGGAACAGGGUUGGGCAGCGACCUCCACAUCGACGAGACCUCUGGGAUCAUCACCACGGCACGCCGCCUCGACCGCGAGCAGAGGGACCACUACAGCUUCAUCGCCGUCACCAUGACCGGGGUCACAGUCGAGGUGUCCGUCACGGUCAACGACAUCAACGACCACGCGCCGGCGUUCCUCAAGCCCAAGGCGUCGCUGAAGAUCCCGGAACAGACGGCGGUGGGAACACGGGUGUCCCUGGAGCCGGCGUCGGACGCGGACCGCGAUCAGCUGACCACCCAGGGAUAUGUGAUUAAGGAGGGCAACGUGGGGCAAGCCUUCAGGCUGGAGACCAAGAGAGCUGCUAACAAGGUGUUGUACCUGGACCUGGUGGUGAACGGUGUUCUGGACAGGGAGAAGAUGUCUUCGUACAGCCUGGUUCUGGAGGCCUUCGACGGGGGGAGUCCCAGGCGCACCGGCCUGAUGACCCUGGAGGUGUCUGUCACUGACAUCAAUGACCACGCCCCCGUCUUCAACCAGAGCAGAUACCAUGCCAUCAUCUCUGAGAGUUUACCACAGGGAAGCAACAUAUUGCAGGUGUUUGCGUCCGACGCUGACGAGGGAGACAACGGUCUGGUUCUGUACGAGAUCAACCGUCGCCAGAGCGACCCUGACCGCUACUUUGUUAUGGAUACGAGGUCGGGGGUCAUCACUCUGAACCGUCCACUGGACUACGAGCUGAAGAGAGUCCACGAGCUGGUGGUGCAGGCCAGAGACAACGCCAGCCACCCUGAGGUGACCAAUGCCUUCGUGACAAUCCAUGUCCGAGACUACAACGACAACCAACCCACCAUGACCAUCAUUUUCCUCAGCGAAGACGGCUCGCCACGCAUCUCCGAGGGCGCCCAGCCCGGCCAGUACGUGGCGCGCAUCUCCGUCACCGACCCCGACUACGGAGAAUACGCUAACGUUAACGUUUCGCUAGAGGGAGGGGACGGGAAGUUCGCCCUGACCACCAAGGACAGUAUUAUCUAUCUGAUCUGUGUGGACCAGGUGUUGGACCGCGAGGAGAGGGACACGUACGAGCUGAGGGUGAUGGCAACAGACGCAGGCACCCCUCCUCUCAGGGCUGAGUCCUCCUUUACUAUCCAGGUCACUGAUGUGAAUGAUAAUCCACCACUCUUCGACCAGCAGGCUUACAAACAGACCAUCCCAGAGGUUGUCUACCCAGGAUCCUUUGUGCUCCAGGUGACGGCCCGGGACAAGGACCAGGGGCCCAAUGGGGACGUCCGAUACAGUCUCCUCAAAGACAAAAAGAGCCACUCUGAUUGGUUCUCCAUCGAUCCAGUGACGGGGAUCAUCACCACGGCGAUGGCACUGGAUUACGAGUCGGAGCCAGCGCCCAGUGUGACGGUGGUUGCCACGGACAACGGGCGGCCUCCUAUGUCGUCGACGGCGAAGGUUGCCGUGGUGCUGCAGGAUGUAAAUGACAACGAGCCAGUGUUUUCCAGUAACUUCUACAACGUGACGAUCAAGGAGAAUACGGCAGUCGGGACCUGCUUCUUAGAGGCCUCCACACUUACUCUCCCUACCCGGGUAACACUCUUCUCCCUGGGCAUCACCCAUCACCACAUCCCUGCCAGGGCUCACCCACCUCCAGAACCUCGUGAACCGGGGGACCCGCACUUAAGCACCUACCACCCCUCUCACUUCACUAAGACCUCUAUAAGCCCGCUGCCGGGAACCACGGGCACCUGGUGA